AUGUCCAUGUUCGCUUGCGGCCUUCUCAAGUAUGGUGAGAGGAUAUGGGCUCUCAAGUGUGGCAACAUCAGCAGCAUCCGUAGCAGCAUCAGCGUCCGGAAGGUUAAGACUGACCCUUAUCAGUUAUUGGCUUUGGGUACUAGCGAAGAGGAUUUGCUGCUUGGAGCCCACUCCCAGUUCGAUAUCUGCAAAGGUGUCUUCGCCGAUAUCAUAAUGCUACCAAAUCCCUCAGUCCGCUCGCAAUCUAAACCACGUUCUGUGAUAUCUUAUCUGGGAGAGGAUCUAUACAAAUUGGUCGAGAUGGAGCUGUCUCUGAUGUAUGACUUCCUGUACACCAAGGCAGCAGUGAUCCACACAUGGUAUGGCUUCUGCAUCCAUUUCAUUUCGCUGUUUGGCACAGCCACCACAUUCCUGUUGUUUCAGCUCAGCAUCAACAGCAGUGGAAAUCGGUACAGCAGAGUGGAUGUGGCUAUCAGUUAUGUUUUACUGGUUGGGGCUUUGGUCCUGGAAAUCAUAUCAGUGUGCAGGGCUGUACUGUCCACCUGGACAUGUUCUUUGCUGCACCGCAGGGGCAGGGGAUGGGAAUGGCCUCUCCACAUUGUCACUUCCCUUGGUCAGCGUGUCCAUCCAGCAAGUAGGAGACUCUGGUCGGGCUCCAUUGGGCAGUACAACUUGUUCCACCUGUGCACCUGCAACACCAACGAGAUAGGGAGCAGACUAGCAAUGAAAUUGGGCCUCGAGGACUGGUGGAACAAGAUGCACUUCUCAGGCACUUUCCCACACGCAAACUCGUCUUUGUCAAUACAAGAUAUCAAGAAAUUGGUUCUGGAAGCAUUGCGAAGCAAAGAGCAAGCACUGCAACACCAAGAUACUGAUUUGAACUCAAGAGGCAGCUUUAUACUGAAACGUAUGGAGGCCUACAAGGACUUUGCUCGCUGGAGCGUCAACAUUGACUUUGACGAGAGCAUCCUUGUUUGGCACAUUGCAACCGAGGUGUACAUCAGGAAAUCCAAGGCCAAACAUGCAAAAGAGCUCCUUGAGGCUACUGAGGUAUUAUCCAACUACUUGAUGUUCUUGUUGGUGGUGAAACCCAACAUGCUGCCUGGUGCUGCACGGCACAACAUACAUCUCACCUCCUGCGAACAACUAGAAGGACAGUGCCGAAUGCGAUUUGGUGAUAAGGACAACCCAGUGGCGCCAUCCCCUGUAAGCUGGAACCCGUACUAUAUUCUUAAGGAAUUGUUCCACCAUGAUGGCCCCAGUUGCUCCAGGAUCCCACGGAGGGAGAAGCUUGCAGAGGUGGCGUGGAGUUUCUCCCAAUUUGCACUGGGAUCAGUAAGGGCACCAAAUCCACACGGGGACUCCAUCCGCGACAAUGCUAAUAUGUAUGCAAUCUUGCUCGCCAACGAACUUCUGAGCAUAGAGUUGCAGUGGCAAGAUCAGCGUGACACUUUGGAACUGAUCCUGGGGGUGUGGGUGGAGAUGUCAUUGUAUGCUGCGGAUCAUUGCAGCCAAGAGUCCCAUGCCAGGCAGCUCAGUAAUGGCUGCGAGUUCAUUACCAUUGUGUCAUUGCUGGCACACCACUUCAAGUACUACUCUGGGGUCUUCAGGGGCACCGACAACCUUGGUGAAGAUAAACCUGCAAGUGGAAAUAGCCCCAUUACUGAAAAUAAUCCCAUGAGUGAAAAUUGUGGAAACUUGGUUUAG